GGCGACGACGCAUGGAUGCCCGGGGACGAGGCGAAGGCGAGGCGUGGAGGCAUGGGGAGGAGGAGGAGGAGGAGGAGGAGGAGGAGGAGGAGGAGGAGGAGGAGGAGGAGGAGGAGGAGGAGGAGGAGGAGGAGGAGGAGGAGGAGGAGGAGGAGGAGGAGGAGGAGGAGGAGGAGGAGGAGGGAGUCAAUGAGACGCCGGAGACGAGACGCCGGGAUCUAGAUUCAAGUCGACCUAGUCGAGAGGGCGAAACAGUCGCAUGACACGAGUCGACGGGACGGCACA